AUGGGGGUAAAAGCCUUCAGCUUCUUCGUUGCUGCAGCUCAGCUUUCUGCAGUGACUGCAGCAGCAUCUCGCCUAACUGUCGAUACAACCGUUGGGCGACUGUAUGGCAUGGUCAAUGGUUCAGCUCCGGAUGUUGCGCAGUUCCUUGGAGUUCCGUUUGCAGCACCUCCUGUGAACGAACUACGAUUCGCGCCUCCUCAGACGAAGCCUGCAGAGGCUAUCAUUGAUGCCACGAAGAUCGGGCCUUCUUGCCCGCAAUAUCCGUUGACCACGAAGACAGACCCGUCUGUGUACACGUUUGACUCUCCUUGGCUACAACCAUAUGGACCGACAUCAGAGGAUUGCCUGACUCUCAAUGUUUGGAGCCCAUUGCAUGCCGUCAAUGAGACGGAUGAGCCAUUGCCAGUGUUGAUCUGGAUGUUCGGCGGUGGGUUCUACGAGGGAGGGCUCUUGACGAACGGUUUUGAUCCGAGUAAUUGGAUCCAAAGGACACAGUCUCAUAUUGUCGUUGCCAUCAACUAUCGGGUCAACAUCUUUGGCUUUCCCAACGCUGCAGGCCUGGCUGAGACCCAGCAGAACCUUAACUUUGGACUUCUUGACCAAAGAUUUGCGGUUGAAUGGGUUCGAGAUAAUAUUGCUGCUUUUGGAGGAGACCCGUCCAAGAUUACUCUCUGGGGCCAGAGCUCUGGAGCAGCCAGCACGGACUAUUACAACUACGCCUGGCCCGAUGAUCCCAUUGUGUCUGGCCUGAUCAUGCAUUCAGGCAGUGUCUUUGCUACAGGUUCCAGUGCAGACGUUGAGCAUACGAACUUCACCUUUGUGGCUGAGCACAUGGGCUGCGGCGAUCUCUCCCCUCGAGCAGAAUUGGCUUGCAUGAGGAACGUUAGCGCAGACUCCAUCAUUCAGUUUUACGAAAACUACACCCUGUACUCGACCGGUCCUACUCUGAAGUUCACAACUAUUGUGGACAAUGUGACCAAAUUUGAGGACUACACUGCCAGGGCUUAUGCAGGAAAUUACUCAAAGCUUCCCGCUAUUUUCGGCACCAACGCCAAUGAAGAAGCCUCUUUGGUUGCUUGGGCUGGACCCCAAGGUCCAAACAUGACCUACGUUCACGAAGAGACCGUGUCCACCCACCUCUGUCCGGCAAACUACAAUGGGCAUCUUCGCUACAACACCUCAUCCCUCUCCUUCCGCUACUUCAAUACGGCUAACUUCAGUAACAUUUCCCCUCGACCUUGGGAAGGAGCUUACCACAGCUCCGAACUCCCCUUGCUAUUUGGCACAUACUCGGAGUAUGGCGGACCCGCUACGCCUUUCGAGACCGCCGUAGCAUCCCACUGGCAGGAUCUCUAUCUUGCGUUCAUGCGGGAUCCGGUCAAUGCGCUCCCAGCAAUGGGAUGGCCUGCGUAUCAUCCUGAUGGGUAUGCGAUGAUGUUUGCUGCCAACGGGACCGUUACGAGUCUGCUGCCAAUGAGUACUUUGGAGACCCCGUGUGCUGGCAUUCCCGAGCCAACUAUAGGAUGAAUGCAGGAGCUACGCUGUCAGCAAGAGCUGGGGGAAAGCCGAAUAUGAGGCAGAACUGGACGCAUGUACAUACUCUGCCAAUGGUUUACACUAUGUAU